AUGGCCCAAAUCCGGACAAUGGAGUCCCGCGUAGGGCGAAAAAACCAACGAUACGGUGCGAAAGGUGAACGACUCGUCGCUGGCGUGGUUCCUCUGUCCGUCGACAAGACCAGAGUCCUGAUGAUCCAGUCCGCGGGACCCGGAGGGUGGGUGCUACCCAAAGGUGGAUGGGAGCUCGAUGAACAAACCGCCCAACAAGCCGCCUGUCGAGAAGCCUGGGAAGAAGCCGGUGUCAUCUGCACCGUGGAGAAAGAUCUGGGGCUGAUCCCCGACAUGCGACCGACAACACUUCUGACGGCGCAAGCGCCCAAGGCCUCGUACCAUUUCUUCGAGGCCGUCGUUGAUCGCGAGGAGACCGAAUGGCCCGAGAUGCACAAGCGACAACGGCAAUGGUGCAGCUACACCCAAGCUGCCACAGCACUUGCCAACCGACCCGAGCUACUAGAAGCCUUGAAGCGCAGCUCGCUGAUGCGGUGA